AUGGCCACUCUCCAUGAGGCAUUGGAGUGCCUCAAACCAACAUCCUGGGAUGACAUCCCCCAGUCUCCCGACGAACUGCGAGACUACAUACGUGACCUCUUCAAACACAGCCGGCUGAUAGCAGAGUCACUCCCGGACCCUCCACUCUCCGAAGCCAAAGAUUAUCCCCACUUAGAAUACGAAGCGACAGGCCCCUCCGCUUCCCGGAUCUUCCCCUCGUCUACCCGAGUCGGAGAGACCGACCCCGAAAUCACCGACCUACAAAAGCAAUGGGGGAAGCCAAUAAAGUUAGGCGGACCAAAGGACAACCCGCUAGACGUGACAUUGUGGAAGUUAUCCGCAAAUGACGGCGGCGGCUCAUGGUUCGGCCGGCGGAGUGUACACGCGGGGCUACCGUUCGCGCGGUGGCGGGAGAAGCUGUCCAGCGAGUAUGACGAGACGCUCAAGGUCAACCGGAAGAAGAUUGAGAAAGGACAAACGCCUGACAAGAGUAUCCGUGGUAUCGGUGCUGAAGAGAAGGUUGAAACCAUCGAAGUCAAGAACGAGGAUGGUUCCGAGCUGGGCCAUUUGAUGGUGUAUCAUGUCUCGGCGCAGUUCCCCAAGCCUACUGCGCCGCGUGACUUCGUGGCUAUGAUUGUCAAUUCCGAUUCUGGGUUGCAGGUUGGUGGGAGCAAGCAGCCUGGGCGCAGUUGGAUCAUGAUCUCGAAGCCUUGUGACCAUCCUGGUGUGCCGCCUAAGCAGGGCUAUACUCGUGGCAUUUAUGAGUCUAUUGAGCUUAUUCGGGAAAUUCCGAGGAAGAAUGAUAGGAGUGCGAGUAGCUCUUCAAGUCAGAAGAGUAAGAAGAAGAGUGAUUCCUCAUCUCUUGAUUCGCAACGGCCUGAGCUGGACGGUGUCUCUAGGGAUCGUGACGAUGAGGAAAUGAAUCCAGUUGAGUGGAUUAUGGUCACUAGAAGUGACCCUGGUGGCAGCAUUCCGCGCUGGAUGGUGGACAAAGGGACACCCAAAAGUGUAGGAACCGAUGCUGCCAAGUUUAUCCACUGGGCUAUUCAAGAGGAUAAACCACAGGAGGAGGAGAAGAACUCGAGUUCGGGAUCUACAACUGCCUUAGCUGGUACUGAGGCUAAAUCCCGAGAGUCUGUCAACGAACUCAGGUCUGAUGAGGCAAAUGAGUCGGAUUCGGACUCGGAGUACAAUUCGCUGGAUAGUGACGGCGAGCAUUCACACCAUGGCCUGAUCGCCAGUGUAACUGGCUUGCUCAGCACUGGCUACCAGCGAUUCGCACCUCAACUCCAAGGCUACAUGCACUAUCAUGAGGCAGCGGGUCAAACCGACGGAACGCAAGCUUCCCAGGGUGAUACAGAUACUGCAGCGCUUUCAAAAUCGAACAGCGCCGGGCAGAACAAAUCCUUCGAUGUCGAGUCCACACAAGAUCAAGUCUCAUUCUCCUCCGCCCACUCCGACCUAGCAACACCCGUCAUCGACGAUAUCACACACACCAACAUGCCCCCGGAUGAACUGAUGAAAAUGACCAAAACCGGCAAACUCACCCACCACGAGAAAGAACUCGCAAAGCUAGCCCUACGCAAACGCGAAGUCCAAGCCAAACUAGACUCAAUCCGCACUGAGCUCGAGAAACUCCAACUCCCAUCUCAGCCUCCCACCGCACCAGGAACACCGCUCCGGGGCGAUGCCAGCGCAAUGCGCAAACGCGCAGCAACAAACCGGUCCUCCACGCCCGCCAGCUCCACCACAAAAAAGAGCCACAAACAUAAGCAUAGCCAGGCCUCAACCCAAGGAACAGAAAACAGCAGUGAUGGCCAGUCAUCGCAGACACAGACGCCCGAACCACCAGCGCAUUUCCACAAAGCCGCUUCGGCGCUCUUCAAUGAGGAAUCGAAGCUGUUGAAAAGCUUGCGCAAGAUCGAGGCUAGUCUGUUGAAGACCGCGUCGAAGAUUGAAGCGAGACAGCGAAAGGAUGUGGAGCGGUCUGAGAAAUCGAAGUCGAAGUCCGAGGUUGAGAUACUUAAGCAGGAGAUUUCAGAUCUCAAGAAGGAGGAGAAGACGAAGUCUAAAACUGAGGUUGAGGGACUUAAGCAGGAGAUCUCGGAUCUUAAGAAGGAGGUCCAGUCGCUGCGGAGUGAGCGUCAGAAAUGGGUUGAUCUUGUUACUUUGUUGCAGGCGGAGAAUACUAAGCUGGCUACGAAGGGGGAGAAGGAGUAG